AUGAACGCGCUUAAGAUCUCCGACUUCGACUCGCGCGACAAUUACGAGCUCCUCAGGAAGACCGCAGCCGGCAAAGACGGUGCACAAAUUGUCGAAGCGUAUCGUACUCUUCCCGAGAAGGCCGCACGUUACAAAUUGGCGAAGAACGUGCCGGUGACUCUGGGUACUCCACGGGAGAGGCAAAACAAGCGCAUUAUUGUUGCUGUACUCAAUCUGGCUGAGACAUAUCCGGGCCGUACACCAGCAUCCUCCGAACACAACCAACUUGUGUGGAAGUGUCGUGUAGCACUAGCGCUCGUCUUCACCAUCUUGAGGGACUUGCAAGAACACGCGGGCGAUGUCAGCAAGAGCUACUUCCACGGCAAGCUCAAGGGUGAGGUCGUCCAGCCAUGGCCACCACGGUACGCGCAAGAUGGUCAGCCUGAGGCGGAGCCUGCAAAUACCCAGGGCACAAAGCGCAAGGCCGAGGACGAACCCCCACGUGUGGUGGAAUCCCAAGAGAAGCGCCGGGCCUUCUCGGACACACCGACAGGUCGCGCACUUCAAGAGGUCUGGGACAACGCCUACCUCGGGGAAGAUCACUGGGAGGAUCACGGCAUACGCGAUUCUGCCAAGGACGUCGUUCACAAGACCCCCUACGAGAAGCCGCUCCUCUGA